AUGUGUUAUUUGUGGGAAGGUAUCUGUAGCGAUACGACAAAUGUAUGUGCGUUAUGGGGUACUGCGUGUGAGAACGGUCCACCAGAGUGGUUUUUAGGAUGUCUGUGGGAGAAUAAUGCGGGUAUGGAUGUUUUGAGACAGUUAGAAGAUGGAAUACGUUAUUUGGACUUGGACACAUGCCAAACAGGAAACACGGUUGUCAUAUGUCAUGGAAUGGGAUUGCCGCGUGCCCUCGGACACUCGCUGGAUAAUGUUUUUUCUCUAAUUAGAUCCUUCUUACUCGCUCACCCAAAUGAAGUCGUGUCCCUUGAAUUUGGCGACAUUGAUGGCAACGCUACUUUUAUGGCGUCGUUCAUUCAGAACAAGCUUGCGCAAUAUUUCACUUUCCCUAAUGGCACCUCUCUCCUCUUGUCUCGCGCUAAUAAUACCCAACCAUGGCCUACCUUGCGUGAAAUGAUUGAGAGUAAUAGCAGAGUUGUUGUCUGGUUCGAGUGGCUAUACAGUGAUUUUGGGUCUCAGAAGAGAGAAGAUUGGAUACACAGCUCGCAGUAUUGGAUGACUAAAAGCUAUGACUACACAUAUAAUGCGACGACUCCCCAAAAGUUGAAUGAAAGUUUUAUUAGUUGGUGUGACAAUGCUGACAACGUGACAGCGUACGAUGUUGCGAACUUUGGGAGACCGAAGUGGCAGAUGGUUGACGAUGUCGUAAGUUAUGAUCCAGGCGAAAUAGUUUCGUAUCUGCAAUCACGUACUAGUCCUUCUGAAAUCUGUCUCCAAUCACAAGCGAACCAAGUGAAUUAUGGGAUGCUCGAUUUUUUGGCCGAUUUCUGUGUGCAAAAGUUUGGAUAUAUAUUUCGACUUACUGUUGACUAUUACUGGAAAAGCAAUUUGUUCGAAGUAGCAAAGAAGAUGAAUGACUGGAAUGUGGAACGAGUGAAAAGUAUGGGUUCAUGA